UGCUCAAAAAGUUCACAGCAAGCACACUCAUUUGUAUAAGAAAAUAAAUAAUAAAUUAAAGCUCAAAAGUCCAAAUAAAUUAAACGAAAUAUUUAGCAAGCCUCAAGCAAAAUGGCAUCAGAGGAAGACGAAGAGGUUUACACGGAGGAUGAGACGAACGAGGCCAUGUCUUUGAUCCAGGAGUUCGAGCUGCCCAUGUCGGAUCUGCACUAUGCCCUCAAAUAUGUCCGUAUCCUGCACCACGGCGGUGAUACGCAGAAUACUCACAAGGGGUUGGAAGUACCGAAGACUCCAGUGGCGGAGAUAGAGCCACCGGAAUUCGAUGGCGACAACGAGGAGAUCCUUGACCGUUUUGGAAUUCGGGAUCUUUAAUAGAUUUAAAUAUGUCUUAAACUUAAAUAUACAUUUUAAGAGUUCCCAACGAC